GUCCCCGGUAUAUGAAGGAAAGAAAACCUUACAAUUUGAAAAAUGUCAUCAAAAUAUACAACAUUUUCCAAAUUCUUAUCAGCUUAUACUUGUGCUACGAGGGAACUCGAUAUGUUUUUUUCACGGACUUUAAUUUUUACUGUAAAGGCUUGAAUGAUCCAGACUCAGAGGUUGCAAAAAGGAUAGCUUCCGCUGUGUGGAUAUAUUUCGUGUUGAAAAUUAUAGAUCUCAUGGACACAGUAUUCUUCGUGCUUCGAAAGUCGAAUAGACAGAUCACUCAGCUACAUCUUCACCACCACACAUUGAUGCCGUUCGCUGGGUGGAUCGCUGUAACAUAUAUGCCAGGUGGUCAAGCUGUAAUAAUUGGAUACAUCAACUCCUUUGUUCAUGCUGUUAUGUACACAUACUAUCUUUUAGCCGGUCUAGGAGAUACGUACAAGAAGUAUCUGUGGUGGAAGAAAUAUUUAACUAUGUUACAAUUGAUCCAGUUCGCAAUAAUCGGUGUACACUCUGUUCGCAGUUUAUUUUACUCUUGUUCUUAUCCUAUCGUUCUUAAAAUUCUUACGUGUUUAUACGCUGCUAUAUUUAUAAACAUGUUUGGUCAAUUUUAUUAUAAUAGUUAUAUUAAGGCUAAAAAUACCAAAAGUAAUGAAUCACCGAAACAAAAUACGAAGAAAAAUGCGAACGGUCAAACUAAGUUAAUCACGGAUCGUGUCAAAUAAUUAUUAAUGUGAUUAAAUAAAUAAAUAAUUAUAA